CUCACCUUCUUCUCAUCAAUCUUAACUGACAGUUCCAUCAAAGACCUCAUCUGGUCGGUGUUCUCGCGACUCACCCGCGCUUUCCCUUCUCGACCUGUCCGUCUAUCUCGGCUCCCAUCAAUAGAUGGCGCUCUCUCUUUAUCCCCUCCGUCGUCAUUCUCACGCAUAUACUAUUGCCCUUUCGCAACCUAUUCGCAGAGCCAGUAGGAAUUGAAUGCACUUAUCAAAUACGUUUUUUGAAUCAUACAUCAUAAACUCAAUAUCUUCCCCAAUACAAGCCCAAUCCAAUUUCGAGAACAAAGCAAACAAACAAAUCCAAUAUGGCCAUCGAGAUUCUUCCCCUCACAAAAGAGGACAUUCCCUCGGCCGUAGCAUGCAUACAGAAAGCGUUCGCCGACGACCCGUACUUUCACUGGGUAUUCAACAAUAAAUCCGGGUCCCAACUCUACCAUAUAAAUAAGACUAAACAAAGUCAUGAACAGUUCAACAUUCACCGCAACGCUGCCUCUCUUGCUGCACACUUCCUAUACGGCCUUUCCUGCAACGAGCCUAUUUUCGUGGCCAAAUACACCACCACCACCCCCAGAGACAAGAUUCCCACCGAUUCCCCCGUCGUCGGAGUCUGCUGGUGGUACAGCCCGCAACCCCCGUCCGAGCCUGUCCCCUGGUCCGUCUGGGCGCAAGACUGGAUCCUCUCCUUCCGCCAGCUGUACAAUAACAUCCGAUUCGGUGGCCGAGGUGGCCUUAACGUCCGUCGUUACUGGCUCUGGAAAGCCCGACAACAGGAGACUCACGACCGAGUUUGGACUGAUCCCCGCGGCUACUACUUCUGCAAUGUGAUCGCGGUCGACUCCUCGAUGCGAGGAAUGGGGCUGGGUCGGAAACUGGUCGAGGUAGUCAGUCAACAAGCUGACCGAGAGGGCAUGCCUUGCUACUUGGAAAGUUCCAAGGGGUUCCCGAACCUGAUGAUCUAUGAGAAAUUGGGGUUCGAGAUGGUCAGUGAGAUUGAGUGUGUGGACGGCAAGGAUAAAUGCAAGGUAUGUGAGACUUUUCAGCUUUGGUUGGUUUAUCUUAUCUAUAUAGUGUGGCUUCCGAAUCAGGUCAACUUCAAUUCAGAUCGCGCAAUUCUAGGAUGCUCUCUAAUAAGCAUAAACACCACCCGCAACACGAUGUUUCUUUUCUUUCUUAAGGUUUACCCAUAUAAUCCCAAAAUAGUGACGCAUGAUUACCAAGAAACUUCUCCAGAAGGCUCAAGAAGUGUGCAAUAUUUCACCUUUUUCAAUGUCUGCUCUUACCUUAUAGACCAUCUUCAACUGGCGCCAGUUCUCAGCAUGAUUCGGGGGAAAUCCAGGUUCACGAAAUACAUUGUCGCUGCAUUCGCCAGUUAUAUUAUUCUCACUCUUUUAUUCAGUGGUACGGGGGAGAAGUAUUGGAAACAGGACUGGGUGAGGAUCGCGCGGUCCACGUUGGAGGAUCGGGCGCUGGAGCAUAUUCAAAAUGAAACGCUUGGGUUUGAACAUAUUUACGCCAUUGGACUGAAAGAACGAACAGAUAAGCGCGAUUUUCUCAACCUCGCCGCGUCGAUAGCCGGGUUUCGGGUCGAAUGGGUAGACGGGGUACACCCAGAGGACAUGAGCGAGAAGGCCCUGCUCAAUGAUAACUUAUUAGCACCAUCCGAGAUAGGAUGCUGGCGCGCUCACAUGAACGCUUUGAGCAAUAUGGUCCAAAACUCCUACUCAACAGCACUUAUCCUUGAAGACGACGCAGACUGGGACGUUAGCAUUAGGCAACAACUCCGCGAAUUUGCCCGAGGCGUACGCGCAUUAACCAGAAAUGCCAAUACGACCAAGAGCGCUCCAUACGGCACCAACUGGGACAUCCUCUGGGUAGGCGGGUGCGCUUCAUCUGCCGCUCCUAACGAGACGCAAUUCUAUGCCAUUCCAAAUGACCCAACUGCCCCAAGUGUCGAACACCGUGGUACAUGGGGCGGCCCCCUCGACUCCUGGAAGGAGAUUUACCCUGAGACGUCGACUCGUUUCAUUUAUCGGGCCGAUAUGGGCUGCUGCACCUAUGGGUACGCGGUGACCAAGCGAGGCGCAGAGAGGAUCUUAGCAGCCUUAGCAGUCGAUCGGCUCGUGGCCGCAGUGGAUAACUCCAUGGCUGAUAUGUGUGGCGGUAAGGAUGGCCGUUCGCAGAUCGAGUGUUAUGCGCCGUUUCCCAACAUCAUCGGGACGUACAAGGCGGCCGGUCUUGCGUCAAAGGAUUCGGACAUCCGUGAAGGCAGCGACGAGUGGCACGAGGCACAGGCCUGGAACCUCAUGUACAGCACCCGACUGAAUAUUCAUCGACUGGUGGCUGGUAGGGAUACUGUUUAUGCCCAGUAUGAUGAGGGUUUUCCUUGGUCGCGGCGCGUGUUGGAUUGGAAGGAGUUCGAGUACCCGAGGGGUUAUCUAGUUUCUUGAGCUUGUUGGUACAUAUUUGCUAGCGUGACUUAUAGUAAUUAUAUCCAAG